AUUCUUGUCUAUGCUUGACACUAGGCAGUUGCGUGAUAGAUUAAAUUACUUCUAUCUAAAUCUAUCGUGGACAGUUGUUACUUGUGUCUUGUAUUUACCAUUUUACUAUUUAUCGGAGCCAUAGACAUAUAAAUAAUUUUUCAUUAAUAUGUCUAUGUUUGGAGCCCCCGAUGACCCGAUCACUGGAGAUCACGAUUAAAGAUAUAUAUCUCUAAUCGUGCUGGAGAUUUAUGAAUUGUGAUAAUGUGAUCUAGUUCCAUGAGUAUCCACUUAUGACGGCGCUAGUAAUGCUACAAGGCAAAAUACCCCGUACCUCGACCUGUUCAGUGUUCAACCAUUAUAAUCUAUAUUAUGUUCAACAACAUUCCGUUGUCAACCUCUGAAAGUCUGAACCUCCCCACACCCAUCAACCAUUUCGCGUCUAGUCCAUACUGACCGUACUCAACAAGAAUUAACAUAUAAUCUUAAUUCGUGAUACUCAAUAGCCUAGUCCUGUUUAAUUCUUUUCUAUGCCCGUUUAUCUCCGUCCGUGAUUCUUUAUAAUAUUAUACUUAACUAUGGCUUAGUUAUGGGUGCUAUAAAGAAUAAAGAUUUUUAAUCGUCAUGACGCAGGAUCACGUAUAGAUUUUUGAAUAGUAUGCUCGGGAUCUAUAUCUUAUACAUAUAGGUAGUAUAAUUGUCUGUUCACUAAUCGCUAUUUAGUAUUUCAGUGCUUCUGUCUUCAGACUUUACUCUUCGAGUCUUCAAUAUUUCAGUCAUAGAAAACGGAAUAGAUUUCAUCUGUUCUGUCUUCUGUACUUCAGUCAUUCUCAAAUCUGAACUCAGCGGUUUACGACACAUAAUUUAUAAGUACAUCAUUUUCUUGUCAUUGAUUUUCAUAAAAUAACAUACAUGUCUAGUAACUACUACACCACUGCCUAACUAAAUUCGUUUUAAACUUGCCAUCAUUAGAUACCGAAUUUUCUGUAAUAGAUAUCAACUUUUUAAAACAAUGAACUAUAUAAUAUAAUUUAAUACAUUUUUACCCGGGUUUAACCACAGAAAUUAUGAAUAAUAUGGCAGAUAGUAACAAUAAUAUUAUAUUAUUUGAUAUGGCUAAAAAUGAAAUGUUUGAUAUCAAUGAUAAUUUGAAAAUUUUGAGAAGGAAAUUGCAGGGAUCUUAUACGAUUGCCAUAAAUAAACAUGAGAUCACAGUGGAUGUCUUAAAUGGUGUGCAGUUAGUUGUAUUUGGAGCUCCACGUGCUAUGUUUUCAGAAGCAGAAUUUAAUUGUCUUCAUAAAUAUAUUGAUCUUGGAGGAUCCGUAUUAGUUAUGUUUUCUGAAGGAGGCGAAAAAGAACUACAUACUAAUAUAAAUUAUUUAUUAGAAGAAUUUGGUAUAAUGGUUAAUAGUGACUAUGUAUUACGCACACACUAUUAUUUAUAUUUCCACCCAAAAGAAUGUCUGGUUAAAGAUGGUGUUGUUAAUGAAGCUGUGGCUAAAUAUUUGGACCGAGAAAAUGAAAACCCAUCAAAAUGUAUAAGUUUUGUAUUUCCUUAUGGUGCUAGUUUAAAUGUGGCUAAACCAGCUGCUCCUAUACUUACUAGUGGUUCUGUUGCUUAUCCUCUUAAUAGACCACUCUGUGCUUUUUAUUCUGCUUCAAAGUAUUCCAACAAAGCCAAAAAAGGAAAACUUGCAGUCAUUGGUUCUGGUCAUUUGCUAACAGAUAAAUAUAUUAAUUGGGAAGAAAAUGAUAAAAUCCGUGAGAUUUUGUUUGAUUUCUUGAUCACAAAUAAUAUAACUUUAAAUGAAAUUGAUGCUAAUGAUCCUGAGACUUCAGAUUAUAAAAUGGUACCAGAUAUUGGAAUGUUAUCAUCUCGUGUUCGCACCUGUCUUCAGCUUCAAGAAAGUUUGAACAAUACGGGGCAUUUUUUAUUCUCAGCUGACAACAUAAAUUCCCUUAUAGACACUAAAUUGUGUUCUUUAAAUACCACAAUGUUACCUGAUACAGUUGAAGCGUAUAAAACAUUAAAUGUACCCCACAAUCAGUUACAACUCAUUCCUCCUACAUUCAAUGACACCUUACCUGCCUUACAAUUUGCUGUUUAUCCGCCUCCUUUUCAAGAAUUAUCAUCCCCAUUUUUAGAAUUAUUCGAUCUUGAUAGUAUAUUUGGUUCUGAAAAAUCGUCAUUGGCGAAUUUGGCUAAAAGCUGCUUAGAAACAAAAUCUAGCGAGAAAACAAUUGAAGAUAACAUUAAUCAAUUUAUUAUUGAUAUUAAUGACAAUUUAGAAAUAAUUGACCACAUUAGCGACUCUAAAAAAAUAAUACAAACAUGCACCUAG